AUGUCAAAGUCAAACAAACUCAAGUCAGAAAUUGGGAUGCUAGCUGCUGCCAAAUCUACCAAGUCAGCAGAUUCAAGCUUUUCAAACAUGGCAACACAUAUAUUCCCAAGUGCAAUUGUUGUUGAAGUUCUCAGAGAUGAUAACUAUGAGAAUUGGAGAUGCUGCAUGAAAAGUUACAUGUUAGCUCAAGGUCUAUGGGAUAUUGUUGAACCAACUAUCAGAACUCCUAUCGAAAAGGAUGCCGAAGCAGACACUGAAAAACCUGAAAAUCAAGAAGUUGCUAAUGCAGAUUCCAAGGCUGCCGAUAAUCAAGAAGGUGAUGACCCUAAUGCUCUUGAUCAAGUAGACUCCGAAGCUCCUGAUGGUGAGGAAACUGCUAAAGCCGACUUGCAGAGAGUUCCUGAUAAUCAAGAAGCUGCUGAAGUCGGUUCUAAGGCUCCUGAUAAUCAAGAAGGUGCUCAAACUCUCUGUAAGAAGGUUCCUGUUGAUCAAGAAGUUGCUAAAGCUGACUCCAAGGCUCUUGAUGAUGAAGAAAGGCCUCAAACUGACUCCGAGGGUUGGUGUAAAAGGAAUGCAGCUGCUUUACAUGCAAUUCAAAUUUCAUGUGCGCCAGAUAUACUUUCCAAGAUUAGGAACAUUGAUUCAGCAAGAAAAGCUUGGGAUACUUUGGCAAAUAUGCAAAAGUUGCAACUAUCAACAGUUGAGCCAGAAUUAUCAACAGUGAAUGCAGGACUCGUUCAGAACGAAUAUAGUCGAUGGCUGGAACUAUUUAGGUAUGCACAUGAAGGGAAUUGGGAUGAGACGAAAAGAUUUCUUGACCAGCAUCCAGAUGCAAUAAAUGCAAAAAUCUCACAUUUUGGAGUAACAGCUCUUCAUGUAGCUACUAUCGCUGGAAAUGCGGAAGUUGUAGAAAAGCUAGUAGAGUUAAUGUCACCAGAAGACUUGGAAAUAGAAGAAAAUGGUGGAUGCACAGCCCUUUCUUAUGCUGCUAGGGAAGGAAUCACAAAGAUGGCCAAAUGCAUGAUCAGAAAGAACAAAAAUUUGGCUAACCUUCCGAAUGGAGCAGGACUUAUCCCAGUUGUGGUGUCUUGUAUUGGAAACCAUAAGGAUAUGACCCGUUAUCUUUACUCUGUCGCUCCAUUUGAACUGCUAUCCAUACUCUUGCAAGCACAUUGA